CUGUACAUUAGCAGAAGCAAGGGGACGGACGAUGCUAAUAAGCUCGGAGGUCCACCUUAAAUUUUUCCCGCCAGGUCCCUCGAAGGCUCUCCAAAUCGGAGCCAACGUUUUGAUAAUCGCCAUUUGAUUUCCAAUUCCUGCGACUAUCUCCAGCCCGCGACUGACCACAGCCCGUUCACCAUUCUCUCACCCUCCCGCCUUCUAACGCAACCGAUUGAUCAGUCAAGAUGGCCGCCUUUUUCAAAGCAGUCAAUGCCAAGAUUAGGUCUAACCCGACCUUGAGCUACUUCUGCUCAACACACUUCUGGGGUCCGGCUUCCAACUUCGGUAUUCCCUUGGCCGCCAUCGCCGAUGCGCAAAAGUCGCCCGACCUGAUCUCUGGCCAGAUGACCGGUGCUCUCGCCAUCUACUCGGCAACCUUCAUGCGAUACUCUAUGGCUGUCUCGCCUGCAAACUACCUUCUGUUUGCCUGCCACUUCAUCAACGAGGGUUCGCAGCUCACGCAGGGCUACCGAUACGUCAACUGGCAUUACUGGGGCGGCAAGGAAGCUGCGGCUGCCCAGGGUAACCUAGAUGCCGUAAAGGACAAGGUCGUCGAGGCGGGUGAAAAGGUCAAGGCUGCUGUCACGAAAUAAGAGCUGAGAGUUGGCGACGGGGUCAUAUAAGGGGUGAAUGGGAAGAUACCAGGGCCGGCAGCCAAGAUAUGUUGAAUAGGUCUACGUACAUAACGCCGAAGGGGCCUCGAGAUCGAUAAUUGAUCACGAGUGGUCGACGAUAGAGUGCAGCCACGGACAAGUGGAGGAGGUAGCUCUGUAUUUCUACUGCAUACAUAGGCUCGAGUUUUCUGUCUAGUAGAGUCUAUAUAUUAUAUCAUGGCUUGGUGCCGUUUACUGGUCUA